UGUUUUCUUUUAUAUUAACAGUUGCAAAUAUGAUAUAUAUUUUACAUUAUAUUACUACUGCACUAUAAGGUGACGAGAUGCAGUACUACUACUAAUCAUAAUGAUGAUGAUGAUGAGUCCAGGUCUUCCUGCAGGUUUAAAUGGCUCUUGUGAGCAACAUGGUUGUGGUUCUGCUGCUGGCGUGUUUGUGCCAGCAGUUGGCGCUGGUGAGCGGCCACAAGCCCGCACAAACAGCAGACCAGCUGAGAGGCCAGAACGGGGACAAGAAGGAGACCAAAGCGUCCUUGCGUCCUUUAAAGGUGAGGCUGGUGGGCAAGGACAAGCGGGGGUGCAAUUGGGCGGCGGCGGGUGAGGAGCAGGUCACCCUGAUGGUCACCUGCACCCGGCGGGGGGGAGUCACCUUCAGCUGCCAGUAUGCGGCGACGCCGUCGUCGUGUCCUCAGUACGCGUCCAAUGUCGGACUGUACUGGAAGCAGAUCGGACGACGACUCAAGCGGCAUCGAGGUUUGUGUCGGGAGGGCGGAGCCCCGCUCAGGGCGAGGGUGUGCAAGGGCGCGCCCCGGGAUGCUGACUUUAGAUUGAGAGUGGUACAGAACACCCCCACGGAGGCCGCUCCCACCACCUCAUCAGUGAAGUCCUGCAUCCCUGAGAACAGGAAGCUGGCCCAGGAGUACUGCAGAGAAUCCUGGUCCAGUUUUUGCACCUUCCUUUUUACGAUGGUGCAAGGAGACGCUUGCAGGAAGUAGUCUGCUAACUCUAAGAGGUCUCUUCCUACCAAUAAAACAUCUCAUGGUGGCCAUGGAGGACUUUGGUACAGUACUGGGAUUUCCUCUAUUACCAUGAUACCCUAAAUUAAACAUUAUUAUUUCA